CCAAAGAUAACUAAAGCAAUUAAAAGUUCAUUCCUUUACUUCCCUUUCUUCUCCUUCCACUACAUCUCUCUCUCUCUCUCUCCCUCUCUCCAGCCCACCACAUCUCUCUCUCUCUGUAAGAAAACCCAUAUAAGAGGAUACAAGAUUGGACCCCUAACCCCUUAGUUGUCUUUGUAACUUCUAUACACUCCCCAUUUACCUGUAAUCCACUAUACACUUCUCUCUCUCUCUCUCUCUCUCUCUCUCCCCCCCCCCCCCUCUCUCUCUCCUUCUCUCCCUCUUUCUCUCUCUCCCUCUCUCCAACUGCAAGCAACAAAGAAUCAAAUGUACUUUUGAUUCCAGAAGUCAACUUAUAAAGAUGGCCGGUGGGAUUGAUCCUGAUGCACAACUUGAUUAUGCUGAGUUUGAGCUUUUUCAGAGCCAGAACAGGUAUGAGGUGUGUAUAUGCAGUGGCAAAAAAGUAGAGACCAUAGAAUCUGGACUGCUGGAACAACUGCUUCUGCAUUCAACUAGUGUACAAAAUUUGAACUCGAAGAGACUGAAUGCUAGUUUCAAAAUUCAUUUACCCAAUGCUAAUAGUGGUGCAGCGUGGUUCACAAAAUCGAUACUAACAAGAUUUCUUCGCAUUGUUGGUUCUCCAGAUAUACUUGAUAUCUCAAAGAACUUCGAAAAUGAGAUUUCCCAUUUGGAAGAAACAAGAAAAUUUCAGCUUUCUAUGAAUAGUCAUCUGAAUCGACUUGGAGGUGUGGAGACAGAUGAAGGAAGGUUGAAUUCCACAAAGCGAGCUGCCAAAGCUGAGGUUGAUUUUGUGUCGUCGGAUGCAUCAAAGAAUGAACUGCUGCGAGCGAUGGACUUGCGACUCACUGCACUAAGAGAUGAAUUAGUUGCUGCUUUCUGCAAAGCUACUGGAACCUCAUGCUCAUCCAAGGAAAUUACAGACUUGCAAACUUUUUCUCAUUAUUUCGGCGCUAUGAAUAUAAGGAAUUCGUUGCGGAAGUUUAUAGAACUGAGCCAAGUUGGCCAGGUUGUCGAUGUUCCAGAUGGCGAGAAGUUUCUCUUUACUAACAAUCCAAGAAAUGAAAAAACAAAUAAUACAAAUGAGAAUGUGCAAACUUCGAGAUCGUCAACCUUGGACACACCAGUUAAAUACGGAGUCUCUCCAGCAAAAGUUGCUCAGCUUGAACGACAAAGCUCCACAGAAGAAUCUUCUGUAUCAAGUGAGGAUGAUCAGCCAUCUGUUGAAAGAAGUCGCCCCGUUGUAAGAUCUGCGACUCCUAGAAGAUCAGCAUCUCCUAUGAGGAGGGUUCAAAUCGGGCGAUCUGGAUCACGUAGGGCUAGUGCAGUAGCCAUCAAGAGUCUCAAUCAUUUUUCUGGUAGAGAAAGAUUGCUUUCUCAGAUUGAAGCUGCAAAUAGUGAUGAAGAGGUAUCUGAGCAACCCCCUAGAAAGUCGGACAACAAACAAAGAAUAAGUGUGCAAGCUGCAAUUAGUCUUUUUGAAAAUAAGCAAAAAGACCAGAUUGUGGAUAUUCCAAAGACAAGAUCAUCGUUGAAUGCAUCCUCCAUUGCUGCAAAUAAAUCUGUUUUGAGAAGAUGGAGUUCGGGAAUGAGUGGAAGUUCUGUUCAUUGCCCUGUAGACGUUACUUCAGAGAGUUCUGAUCAAACUAAUAUAAAUAACCCAGCUGGUCCGGAAAUUUCACAUAGUUCUCAAGAUAUGCAAGAAGAGCCUGAUUCUAAAUCUGGACGUCAAAAUCAUGUCGACAUCCUUAACCUAGAUUCUAGAUCAGAAUCAUCUGAUAAAAUGAUCUUAGAUCCAUCAGCCAUGCCAGCAGAUACUGUUUCAACCGAGCAAGAGGAAAGUAGUGGAAAGUUUACUGCCUCAGCAGAAUGGAGUCAACGAAAGGAAGCAGAGCUGAAUCAGUUACUUGCAUCAAUGAUGGAAAGUAAACCUGUCAAGUACCAGAAAAGAGCCUCUGAUAACAAUCAGAAGAAAAAUGUUUCUGGGGAGAGUAGAGGUGGAUUUUAUGACCACUACAAGCAAAAGAGAGAUGAUAAACUUAGAGGAGAAGUUUCUGGAAAAAGAGCAGAGAAAGAAGCACAAUUAAAGACUAUGCAGAAAUUUUUUGAAGAAAGAAAAGCUGAAAUGGCUUCCACAAAUGCUAAAGAUGUUGGUAGAAGACAUACUAUUAGUACAUCUCAAAAAUCCACUAAAACUUCUUCUCCAACAACAAAACCCAAAAAGGAGAUUUCAAAACCUGCCGUUGUGAAGAAAACUUCAUCAAAAGCUUCUCUGCCAGCAACCCGCAAGUCAUGGCCAUCGACACCUUUACCAAGAACGGUAGGGACCUCGCCAGCUAAGACCCCUGCUGGAACAAGUUCAACUGGUACUGCACCUAAACGUGCUAAACCUCAACCAGUGUCAUCAUUACCGCGGUCAAGUCCAAACAUGGAAAGAUUAAAGCCAAAUUUAAAGACUGUCAAGGGACCCCAGUUUGAUUCUAACAAAAAUGUUAAAGGAAUGAAUGACAAGCAGCAGCAGACAACAAAAAGUGAGAAAAUAACAAAAACAAAAACAAAAACGCAAACCCCUUCUGCAGUUCAUUCUUCUACAGCGAAGCCCAGUUUAUACAACAAGGUCACUAAGAAGAGCAGUGUGGUGCCACUGGAGUCGAAGCCUUUUCUGCGCAAGGGGUCUAGAGUUGCUGCUGGUGUUAGUCCUGUCAUCAAAACUAAGGUCUCAUCUCCGCCUGAGGAGUCCAUGAAAGAUUCGAAAGAUGUGAUAAAAGCUGAAGAGAGUGAGUUGGUUGCUAGCAGUCUGAGUCCGGUAUGUGUUGAGGAUACUGUUGAUGGAAUGGAAAUUCACUCUGACAAAGAACCUGAAAGUCAAUCAAUUACUGUUGAAAAAUGCGAAGACGCGGAGAGCUCUAAUCAAGUUAUUGCCUGUUUUGAUGACAAUGCGGAAAGUUUUGCAGAGUCAAUACUUAAAACUGGAGAUGAAGAAGUAUCAGUCAUCUCCCCAGCAGCCUGGGUGGAGAUGGAAGAGUAUCAGGACGAGUCUAUUAUGUAUGACGAUAGAUCUACUGAAACUGCAGCCACUGUUGCAGCAGUGAAAGUAACAAGCCCGCGUGUGCGUCACUCUCUAUCACAGAUGCUGCUUGAGGAGACCAGUGAAUGUGAUACUGCUGAGUGGGGUAAUGCUGAAAACCCGCCUACCAUGGUUCACCAAAAAGAUGCACCUAAAGGAUUAAAAAGGCUUUUAAAGUUUGCUCGGAAAAGUAAGUUGGAUGCUUCAAGUGGUUGGUCUAGUCCAUCUGGCUUUUCAGAGGGAGAGGACGAAGCUGAGGAAUCUAAAACUAGCAAGAAAAAUGCUGAAAACCUAUUGCGGAAGGCUGCCUUAAAUGCAAAGAACUAUGGACCACAAAGAAGUGACUCAUAUGAAUCCUAUGAGAAAUAUACAGUACCUCAGUCUGGUGUAAACAAUCUUAAUAAUGAGAGAGCAAACAAGCUGCAGGAGAGCCACACUGCAGCUUCAGUGACAACAUCAAAAGCAACAAGGUCUUUCUUUUCUCUUUCCGCAUUCAAGGGCAGCAAAACGUAAUGACACAAAGCCCGAUCAAACUCGGGUCACAUAUGUAGCAUGGGAGUUGUUAAUUACAUUUCUGCAGUGGCUCCAUCAUACAAUUGAAAUGUAGUUCAAGGAACUCUGCAAUCUACAUUAUACUCUCGAGGUCCCGAGACUCGUGUGAUUCUGUGUUGCAUGUUACCAACAGGAGUCCGUGUUUCUGCAGAUUAGGUACUACUGCUGAGUAUAUUGGGUGAUCAGCUAAUUAGAAUUAUUGCACCCAUCAGGUUUUAGAAAGAAGCUUGUAAUUUUCUGGCGAUUCGACCCUUUUUGCUAAUGUGGAGAUGAAUGCAGAAUGUUGUAUAUUUUAUUUUAUUUUUCUUUUAAGAAAUUGAUUUGUUGAAGCAGAUA